CAUGUAAUUGUCUCAUCAUUCAGUGAUGCAAAGAGCACUAAACAAGCAACUUUCCUCGUUGAAGCAAAGGGCCUUAUCGUCAUUCUAGGUCUUUCUUUGGUACGAUUCGUGGUAUACUGGCUUAUAGUGGCUUUAACAUCCGCUGAGUCAGUUUGGAAGACAGCCAAACAAAAGAAGUACUGUGUAUGUCGAUUUCUGAGAAACGGCCGGUAUCAGAAAUCCCGAUUUGACAAGAAAUCGGGAGACUCACUCUAUGUAAUGGAAAUAAAUUAGAAUCACUUCACCAAAAGUAUAAUCCUGCAAUGGAAUGUAAGACAGUUUCGAUGACGCUUGAUGAUUUGAUGACUGAGACUGACAGAAGGGCAAACCAGAAAUUGAAAGAAAUUCAUUAUUUUGAUACCCGAAACCAUGCUCAUGGCCUAAAACCCAGCGAUGACCGGGAAAACAAAGUCCUUAGCAAUGAAUUAGAAAAUCGCAAACAAGAAGUCACUAACCUUAAGGAAGAAUUUUUAGAUCUGACGAACAGAAUAGAAGAACUUAAGGGGAAAAAAGAAGCGCUGAGCAAAACUUUUGACGAAAGAGAGACUAGGCUAGAUUCUUUGGAAGAAGCGGUUGAACAAAACAAAAUAAACCAGGAGAAAGAAAAGAAAGAAUUUAAUGAAAACCAUGCCAAAAACAUGAAAAAAUCAGAUGUAGUGUUUGAGAGAGAAAUAGACGAAGCCGAUCGUAACUUUAAAAAAGAAAUUACAGAAAUCUAUCAAAAAAACAAGCGCGUUAACCAAAAAAUAACAACGCCGACAAAAGAAAAUCUCGAUAUAAAUUAUUGCCAGGCUUAUAUUGGGCGAGUAUGUUUGAUUCUACAGGCCAUCAUGUACCACAUCGUGCUGCCUGACCAGUUCGCUGAAGAUUACCCUUACAAAGUAAAAGACAUUGAAGAAGAUAUUAACGAUGAAGACUUGCUCGAUGACCAAGAAAGACAAGAAGCUUUGAAAAGGUGGGCGGAUUUGAAGGAGAACCUUAGAUGGGAACCUUCUAUUGAGAAAACGUUGAAAAUGUUACAGAAAGAGGGAAACUAUAUGGCCAAUCCAGAAGGCCUGACGGUUGAAGAAGCAGAAAGGGUUGCCGAAGAGCUGAACAAACAAGGUAGAUUAAGAGGAAGAACUUCAUACGAAAAAGUCAAAAAAAUAAUCAAGAUGUGGAAAAUAUCCUAUACAUUGGCUCAGUCGUUGCCAUGAAAUAAUACUGAUGUGCAUGGUAAAGUUCUUAACUUAUGAUGUCGUAAAAGUUCGAAUUUUCGGCAUUAUUUCUUGAUCAAUCAGUGCCAAUCUCAAAACUGCACCAAAUUGCUGCUUAUCUGUUCAACUAAACAAAGUCAAACAAGGACAAUCCAGCUUUGACAUUUAAUUCGUUAUUUUACUGCCGUAUCGUGAUCAGCCGUUGCGGUUUUGUUGCUCGAUCUCGACAAAUAGUUGAUCUAUAUAUUUAUGUCGAAACCUACAAAACCUCCGGAUAGCUGUAUAAGUCAGGACAUGCGCAGUGCUACCCUCACAGACUGGAAAAAAAAGGAUUUAAAGUUGCCAAGCUGACCUUAAGACUUCGAUGGAGUCAAUGGACCCGAGUGCAACAACGUACCACAAAUCUUAAGGACAAUCAUAUAAGAUAUAAUGAUAAUUGUUUAGUCAAAAUUCAAUCAGCUCAAAUAUUUUUUUCCAGCAAGUCCAAGCAGAAGCCAGAUAUGUCCAAUGAAGAAACCUAAAUGAAGUCUGUCYGAUAUAAGAUCUAGAUUUCCAGGUUUGUUAGCUCAAAUAAUUUUGCGUUCUCGAUUGUUUGUAGUGCUGAAUGUGGAUUCUUUUCUCUUCUUUUUUAAGUCAAUUCUUUUGAGAAAUUGUAUCAUUAUUAGAGCAGGUCUCUUCCUCCAAACUGUUAUUUUACUCUGAAAUAAAAAAUAAGUGGUUACAAUAGAGAACUUUAGCACAAAGUUCCUGCUAUGCACCGCAAACCUCAAACUCAGUACAGUUCAAUGUCAGGCGUUUUCUAUCACACCUUCGACAUUUAGCAAGGCUUCAUAACGAAGAUGUUACUGGAGGAGCCGCCAUAUUGAAUUUCAUUGAUGCCCAGUGUUUCUAGCGGUAGUAGAGCACAGGGAACCCGGCUAUAUAUUUUUUGCUUCUUUCAGAAAAGUAACUUUGCUCUUUGUGGGUUUCCUGAGUUGUGAUCAGUUUUCCAUUACAUAAGCUGUGAUUAGGUCGGCGCUGUAAACUGAUAGCCGAUUAAAUCUUAUUGGUCGCCUGUGGUAUGUAACACACUUUUUAGUAAGCAGUCAAAAGAAGAGUGUUUUGAGUGUUUACUAGAGAGUGUGUUACCAACUGUUAUUGAUUUGAAUUUAACCCACAAAGAGCAAAGUUACUUUUCUGAAAGAAGCAAAAAAUAUAUAGCCGGGUUCCCUGUGAGUAGAGCAGAGCUUAACCUGAUGCUAAAUUUCUCUAAUGCUAGCUUAAUUCCUCGACARCCCAUUCGAUUAUAAAAAGAUGAGCUCUAAAUCGAAAAAGGUAAAUAUAAUUAGUAAAUAAAAUGGUUAGCAUUUAUAUCAUAUACGUCCCUGUCGGGAUAUAAUAUUUACACACAAAAAAACAACAACAAAAAUAACAAAAUCAAAAAUCAAAAUAAAUCAAAAUAAAGCCACGCUGAGGGGUAAGGAAAGGGAGGUGUAGGUGGGUUAUGACUUAAACUUGUCUAGACAUAGUUUACAGUUUUUUUCAUAUCGUAUACAUAUUCUUGAUCCUGUUUUUUAAAUUACUUUUAACCUUAACUUGAAUGCCGCGGUAUAAUUUAUCUAAUCCUGUCCUACAUUCAAAAUAAAAAGUUAAUAAGUAAUUUAAUUUAUGAAARCGUAACAAUAUUCAUUGCAAUCAUCACCAUAAUUGUAGCUAUUGUACAAUUACAGGUUGUGUAUUCAAUUUGAGAAGUAAAUACAGUAAAAUACUCUAUUUCAUGUCA